AUGCGUUCUGCUAAGGAUAUAAUUCGCAAGAAGUAUAUUCAGGAGGAUACUUAUGCUGUUUUAUGGCGUAAAACUGUGCAUCCAAAUCUGGCAGCAGAAAACUGGAAGAUUGAAGGGGGGGCUUGUGCGACGCUGGACAAGGUUCAAAGUAGAUUCAAAAUUAAUCUGGUGAAUAGAUGUUACUUGUGUAAGGCAGAGGAGGAGACGCUGGCACAUAUUUUGUGGCAUUGUCAUUUUGCUGCUCAGGUUUGGGACUGGAUCACCUCUAUUUUUAACUUGACUCCUCAUUUGAAUCUUAUUACUUGUUACAAAGCUGCCAAGGGGAAGAGUCGCAUGAUCAAAGAUAUUUGGUUAACAACAAUUCUGGUUGUACGGGCUGAAUUGCGGCUUGCUCGCAACAAAAUUGUUUAUGAGAAGAAAACAACAAAUCUGGAGUUUUUCAAGAAGCGUGUUUUUCACCUGGUGAAUGAACAUUCAGUGCGUUCAAAAAGUUUCAUGCACAACUCUGUGUAUGAUUUGAGCAUUUUAAAUUUCUUUAGAGUGCAUCAUAGGAGGGUUAGGAAUAUCCAGCCUUUGGAGUGUUUUUGGAGUCCUCCACCAAGAGACGUUUUACUUCUCUGCUGUGAUGGUGCGGCUAAGGGUAAUCCAGGUCGUGCGGGAGCAGGUGUGGUUGCUAGGGAUGCUGAUUGCAAUGUGGUUGGUGCUAUGAGUAUCGGCCUUGGUGUUGCAAAUAACUAUAUGGCUGAAUUAUUUGGUAUUCUUGUGGGGCUUGAAUGGGUUGUACAAUGGGGUAUGAGACGCAUUAUUGUUCGAUCUGAUUCCAUAAGUGCCGUCACUAAUUUUUCUAAUUUGAAUGUUCCUUGGAUGAUCAAGCUUCGUUGGGAGAUUCUUCAAGGUUUCUAUGACUCAAUUUCUUUCGAGCAUACUUAUAGAGAGGCUAAUUUUGCAGCGGAUAUCAUGGCAAAAAGAGGUUGUUUAUUAAGAAAUGGUCAAGGUUUUUCUUUAAUUUAUAAGAAUGAUGCAGUAGAAUUUGAACUUGGAAAAGCAGGACCAAUCUCAGCAUCUAUCUCUGAAGAAGCGGAAGCCUUAGGAUUACUUCAAGGAGCGCAAUGGGCCAUGAAAGAAGGAAUGACGGAUUUCACAGUGGAAGGUGACUGCAAGAACCUGUUUGAUUACUUGAACGAGAAAGCUUCUCAAUUGGAAUGGUAG